GAGACCUAAGCUAGCUUCCUUGAGUGAGGCAGAAAACUAAGGCAACGUCCCUCUCGUUCCCUUGCUUGUGUCUCAAACCUAACCAAAUGACACAGCUCACCUGCCUUAGCCUCUCCCAUGAACCCACUUCACCCUUUUUAAAGUCACGAGACCUCAUUGUCCCUUGCUGUGCUCCCUUUCAAUUAGAGAGAGAGAGAGAGAGAGAGAGAAAGAGAGAUGAGUCCAGAGGGUUUGGCAGAGAAACUGAUAGAGAACUUUCAAAGCUCUUUUUCUCCACCUUCACUCAACUAGCCUCUAUAUUGCAGUCUCAAACUGAAGUCUUAUAAUUUUCUAAAGCUUUAGUUAUCUUCCCAUCUGAAAGAUUGUUUUCCUCUUCUUCUUUUUCUUCUGUCUCUCUCUCUGUCGGUACCAUGUAGGUCUCCCCCACCUCCCUUCAUUCAUCACCUGCUUGCUUCUCUCUUAUUAAUUUCUUUCUCCUUUACUGCAUCUCAGUGUGCUCUCUCCUUUUUCAACUUUCUAUUAUGACAUUGCUUUCUCUCUCUUUUUUUUCCAGGAGACCUGAAAGGAACCCGUUAGACCUCAACAACUUGCCCGAUGAUUAUUCUAGAGAUGGUAAACAAGUUUUUGAUGACAGCUCUUCCUCUGGCUGUAGGAAAAAGAAAAGCGGCGCUAAGGAUGGGAAGGAUGAAUGUGAUAAAGUCUAUGAGUGUAGGUUUUGUUCCCUCAAGUUCUGCAAAUCUCAAGCUCUUGGAGGGCACAUGAACCGACACAGACAAGAGAGGGAGACAGAAACUCUGAACCGAGCUCGCCAGCUUGUCUUCAGCAGCGAUAACCUAGCCGCCCAAGGAGGUCACCUAGGCAGCUGUCAUCCCAUGGCGCCAGGAAGUUACCAUCCAUCAGGCAUUGGAGAUCCAUACAGAUCAGUGUACCCGCCGAGACUAUUCUCUGGAUCACCUUCGACGAUCUUGACUCCGGCACCACCACAACCACCUCAUCAACCAUAUCUAUACACAUCUCCUUCUCGCCUCCCUCACUAUUCCUCACAAUACCUUCAUCAACAACCAAUUAACGAUUACUGCAUUGGCCACGUCCUCAACAACAGUUUACAAGCAUACCCUUCAUGCCAAAGCAACUACAACAUUGGCGGUCAAGAAUCGAACUACACUUGCAUUGGUGCACCAGUAGGACACGGUGGGUUUGGUCCAGGUUCGAGCCGCGGGUCGGAGGCAAGUGGCAGAGACGGGUCAGUGAGCAAUCAGGAGGAAGGUUUGAAUUGGGAAAGAAGCUGCUACGGCGCAGGGGGAACUGGAUCGCAGCAGCGUUUGGAUGCUCCUCCAUCGAUCAAUCGGUUUCAAGAUGGAUUUUAAAGGAUUGUGUUAUUAAUUAAUUUUAUUUUUCAAGAUAGUUAUGAAUGAAAUAUUUAUCUGGUUUGACACGGCAAGCAGAGAGAGAGCAGAGGGACCUAACAAACUGACAAAUGGGGUCAUACAAGAAGGAGAGAAGUUUUUGGUUUUUGUACAGGGAUUGGGGCAGCUUUCUGAGCGCAUUGACACUCUCAGCUAGUUUGGCUUGGAGCAACAGGGACUGGAGGGGGUUUGUGUUUGGUGUUUGUGUAAUUGUACUAUUCAACUGUGCGUAGAAGGGGACUAGAGCUUGUGAGUGGGACAACGAGUUAGAUUUCAACUGAAAGUUCCUAACCCCUUUUUGCAUUUGGAUUUCGUUUUGCAUGGCAAUGUAAUUUAUCAUUUUUCUCUAACAGUAUAUUUUUGCUUUCUUAUA